CGCACACAUACACGCUGUCAUAUCAGUGUUGUUUUAAAGCUCUGAAGUCCUGUUAGUGUAAGGUUCACUGUUCCAUAUCCGUCAUUGUGUGAACUUUUUGGGACACGAGUGUAAAUAAGGAACCUUUCAAGGUCAAAUGAAACGUGAAAAGUUGCACAACACACUACUCAUAAUCAUGUCGUCACCCACCAAAGAUGACAUUUUUGCAUAUGCCCUUUCCAAGACCUUGACCAAAGUUUCAUCUCCUGCAACUGUUGGACUCUACUCUUCAUGUCAGAGUCGAACUAGAAGGAUCCUUGGGAAAAUGGAAUUGUACAUGUCACAGGAAGCUUCGAGGAUCGAAGAGAACUACAAAGGAAAAUCCCGGCCUCGGCCAGUUAAGCCUUCACUUUCUGGAUUGUUAGUGCUAGUUUGGCGACUGCUGUUCCACAAGCUCAUUUGGACCAAAGACAAUCAGGACAAUAAUAAUGUUCGUUUCAUUUAUGUAAACUUCAGUGCCUGGCACUUUGCAGGCAGUGACCUGCUGUGGGCUGGGCUCGCCAUACGACUCUUUCAAGCAAUGCAAAUACAUUUUGGGAAAUUACAGUUAGUAUUAUACCGGGUGGCCCAACAUGAUCUCGAGGAUGAAAUCAAAAACAAGACAGUGGUGGCUGGUCCUCAUUCCUGGAGAUCCAAGAGGAUUUGUUGUUGCCCUCUGUGGUUUCUUGUCCUGCUCAGUCUGUUGGUACCAAUGAUCAUCCUCGUAUUAUUUUUGGCGUUUGAACUUCAAAAAGACAUGGAGGAACCAACUGUGAAAGUUAAUGGAACAACAAGCAAUGUAAGUGUGCUGGAGGGUCUGGUCAUCGCUUCAUUUGGAGUUCCAGCUGCCAAUGCACUAAGGUUUGCCUACCUGAUGGGCAAGAACCUCAUUUUCAACCAGGAACUCAACAUCAAGAGGGGCAUGGACAACGAGCGUGUGAGCAGCAAGCUUGGCUUCAUGAAUGAAGUCAGGGAGGAGAUGUGGCUCCUGUCUCGCUUUGUCAAGUUCAUGGAGAUUUUUGAGAGGAGAAGAAUCCGAGUGGUGUUAAGGAUCACCAAUCUAGACCGCUGCUCCCCCAAGAAAAUUGUUGCUGUUUUAGAUGCUAUCAACAUUCUGCUGUCAGAUGAGGACAGUCCAUUUAUUUCAGUUCUGGCCAUAGAUCCAGACAUUAUCAUACAAAAGGUCAACUUUGCAGAUGGCCGCUUUUGCAAAGAAGACCGGGCUCAUGCACUGUUGAAGCGUAUCGUUACUCUGGGCUUCACUGUCCCACCCCUUUGUGAUGAUUCAAAGAUCAAGUUGUUUCACAGCUUGGCCAGCAACUCAAAAAAUCCUGACAGAAUUAGGAGUGAGGAUAAACAUCAAAUUGGAGGCAUCAAACAAACCUCUUCAUCAGAUACAUCUUCAGUGGUUUUAUUUGAGACAAACGAGUCAAUUGCUCUGGUGGAUAGAACUGUUCAACUCACUUUAACUGAGGAAGAAGUUGAGAAUUGCGUCAAGAGGACCCUUGACAGCAAUGAAAAGAAGUUAAAUGAGUACAUCUUAGAUGACUCCAUGUCCAUGAGGAGAGUGAUCAAUUCCAUUCGAGUGACUAUUAUCAUCAUGAAGGCCUUAAAGACAGAGCUCCCUCAACCUGACCUCAUCGCAGCCUGGGUGGUCCUGGCCAAUCAGUGGCCCUGCCGACUCAGCUGGAUCAUACAGUGUGUGGAAGAUGCUCAGCAGAGAGACUCUAUUGAGCAGAACCGGGAGGCUGAAUCCAAUGAUUCCAAAAGCUUGUGGAAGGUUUUUACUGAGUCGAGAGCUGAGCUUUAUGUGAUGCGUGCUCAGAUUGAAGACUUGCUUGACCAGGAUGGAGACCCAGAGAUGUUUGAGAGAUUUCUCAAGGUAGACUUCCACUUCACAAUAAAGGAUUUGAAGGUACUCAACGAGGUCACAGUGAACUUAAAUCAAUCAAUUAAGAGAGAGUUGGCUAUAAUCCGAGGAACAUCCAGGCUGAAAGAUUCUGGUUGGAUGAGGACCUUUGCUCCUUUGCCAGUCUCAGCUAUAAUUAAUAUGGAUUCAGAGGCUAUUUGUAAAGAGCUGGACGAUAUGGGAUAUCCAACAAAGUAUGCUGAUAUUGUAAAGAGCAAUCACAUCACGGGGUCAGCUCUGAUAUUUGGUGAGCCAGAUGAUAUUAAAAACCUCUUGGACAUGACCUUUGGAGAAUGGACUACUUUCAGACUUCGUUUCCUGGGUUUACCACUACAUCUUCAACAACAGAAGAACAUGCGUCACCCUCAAAUGCACCUAUCCAGACUCUCCCUACAUGGCUCUCAUCAUUCCUCAUCAAAUCCCUAUUUAGCUACUAACUAGGAAGCCAGCACUAAUACCACUAAAAUAUUGCUCAAGAUUUAUCUUUUAAAAAAAACUUGCUGGAUAUAUUGGGAUGGAGAAGUAAAAACAUCAUUCGUAUUCCAAGCAUUAGUAACAUAUCUGGGUACAGUAAUUGGUUUGGCACCUCUUUUCUAUUUACAACGUUACAACAAAAGGCUCUCAGCUAAACUUGGAGCCAAAUACCGCUUCAAUACUAUCUUUCUACAGUGGUGAGCUGAGCAAAUGUGUUCAAAUGUUUUGGUUUGUCAAUUUUCAAGCGUUGUGGGAAUAUCCGCGAUAUGUGUCGUUUAUAAUUUCAUAUUAACUGUGUCUGGAAGUAGUAGUUGAACAUUUUGUAGACUAAAUAACGUGUACUGACUUAUGAGGAAAAACGUGGUGCAGUCAAAUGUAAAUAUAUAGAGAUAUUUCUAAACAAGCAGAAUCUAUAAAUUUAUACAGGCCACUGCAAAACUGGUCCACAA